GGCGCCCGCACUGGGCGCUGCGGGACGAGCCGGGACGAGCGGAGCUUCGCGGAGCCUCGCUGCCCCCCAUGCGCCCGCCAGGGAUGUCCCAGCCCUUCCUGCUGGCGCCCAUCGCCGAGUUCGCCCCGGAGCCGCCCGGCGCCCGGCUCCGCCUGGCCGUGCUGGGCGCCCGCGGCGUGGGCAAGAGCGCAAUGAUCGUGCGGUUCCUGACGAAGCGGUUCAUCGGGGACUAUGAGCCGAAUACAGGCAACCUCUACUCCAGGCUGGUGCAUCUGGAGGGGGACCACAUUGCUGUGCAGAUCCAAGACACACCGGGGUGCAUCCAGGUGCAGGAAAACUGUGUGCAGGUGCUGGACUCCCUCUCCAGGUGUGUGAAGUGGGCAGAAGGCUUCCUCCUCGUCUACUCCAUCACAGAUUACAGCAGCUACCAGUCAGUCCAACCUCUCUACCAGCACAUACGCAAGGUUCACCCAGAUGCCAGGACUCCCAUCAUUAUCGUGGGGAACAAAGCAGACCUCCUCCAUGCCAGGCAAGUACAGGCAAAAGAGGGGCUACAGCUGGCAAAUGAACUGGGCAGCCUGUUCUUGGAAAUAUCCACGAGUGAUGACUUCCAAGGCGUCUCUGAUGUUUUCCAGUAUCUUUGCAAGGAAGUCAGCAAACUACAGCGUGCUGGUGCCAUGGACAGGAGGCGGUCGUCCAUCAUCCCUCGGCCCAAAUCUCCCAACAUGCAAGAUCUAAAGAGACGUUUCAAACAGGCUUUAUCCUCCAAAGUCAAAUAGCUCCCCCUGACCCCGAUGAGAUCCUGUGUGACUCAAUAGACUUUAUUUUUGUAAACUAGUUAAUAAAAACCUUUAUUUUUGUACUAAUGCCAACAGUAUGGGAGUUAGUAUGUUGAAGCUUGUAAUUGCAUUGCUAUUCCCUAGUUUGACUGGUUGGGUUAUUUUUACACACACACACAAAACUGCUGCAUAGCAACUAAAUAGAGGUAGUUGGAGAAGGAUUUUUUUUUGCCAGGAGGUUUUGAUUUCAUUUCUUUUUUGGGCUAGGAUUUCCUAUUUUACUCUGCUCAAACCAGAGCAGAGUUUCUUGGACCUCAGUUUCCUGUUUGUAAAAUAGGAAUGAUGAUAAUGUAACAAUCACUUGCCUUUAUAGAAUGUUUGGAAAGCUUUAUAUUGAGAGAAAAAAAAAAAAGC